AUGAUUUUCACCAACUGCCUCCCCGAAGACUCCUAUGAAGGAGAAGUCAAUGGAAUCACUAUGUCAUGGCACCAAAAUGCCAAGGGUCGACUGCCUGAGCUUGCUGAGAAGUACGGUGCGGAUGCGAAGAAAUUGAAGGCUAUGGCUGAGCACUUAACCCAUGCAUCUCUUGUAAGGCUUGGAAAGCCUACAGGUUUCAUCUUGUAA